AUGCUGAAGCGCGUGCCGGAUGAGCAGGCCUUGGAGGCACUGAAACUUCUCAGGACUGGCAACGAACCGGCCGAGGUGGGCUCUGCCUUGCGGAGGUACGACGUAGGGUUGUCGCAAGUUGCGCUGAACAGGGCAAUCCUACCUCCCACGCAGACUUCCUUGGAGUUUGAGUUGAUGAUGAGACACCCUCUUGCUUAUCCCACUUGGGCACCGGUCGAGCCAUCCAAACUCGACUUAGAGUUCCUUCUGCUCCCGAGCAAGAUUCGAUGGGAGGGAAGUGGCCCGACUCUCACCGCAGGCUCGCCUGAUGGCCAUCCUUACCUUUCGCCGUACGCUCACGAACCUCGAGAGAGGAGCCCGGACGCAACGAGUCUAACCGGGCCACUCAGGCCGCCGAAAUUGUACGACAAUAGGUUACUAGGUAUCAACAUCACCCAAUGGACCAAUGUGCCCGUCACCAACGGAUUCUUCAUUGCGGUCCUGCAGCUCUAUCUCGAGACCGAUCAUCCGAUAAUGCCGUUGAUUGACGCCGACCUACUCCUGGAUGGGCUCCUUGGCCGGAACGAAUUCUGUUCUCGAUUUCUCGUCAACGCGCUAUUCGCAUGGGCUUGUCAGGGGUAUGCGGCCUUCGAGCCCGAGGCUACAGUCAUAGGCCACGCCUUCUACAGCGAAGCAAAAACACAGUGGAAAAAGACCAAGGAAGCUCAAGCCUCAGAUCACAUCUGUACUGUGGCUGCGGUACACUACUUAUCGAUUACCGCAGUCUCAUACGGGGCCGGAGCAGAAUAUGUGGAGUUUCUAGGCGAUGUCUUGGAGAUGUCCCGCAGACUUGGGCUUUUCAACGUCGACCCUUCUCAGGUGUCAGAGAGCAAUGCUAUCGGCGAGCCAAAAACCAGAUAG